AAACAUAUUUCACUAUAUUAACAAGAGAUGGCGGUCGGAGCUGUAAAAGGUGAAUUGUUGCACGUGCCAUUGAACUGUCAGAGUUUGUUUUUAUUUUCGGCAAUUGCAUGAAUCCAAUAAAUAUGGAGCAUAAUCAGGAUGCCUCUGAAGAACGGGUUGAUGCAGUUCCUAAAGCUAAGAAACGUAGAAAUCCAUUUAAUUUACAACAAAUAAAAGAGGAGAAGGAGAGAAGGCAGAAAAAGAAAGCGCGUCUCAUUGUGCGUAAUAUAAGCUACAAAGUAACAGAAGAACUGCUGAAGAAACACUUCGAACAAUGGGGUACCAUAGAAGACCUUAAUAUAUUGAAACGUGCCGAUGGCAGACUAGUGGGUUGCGCUUUUGUACAGUAUGAGACUAUAAAUCAAGCUACAAAAGCAAUACUGAAAGGCAAUAAUCAAAAGUUUUUGGGGCGACCAGUUUAUAUUGAUUGGGCAGUAGGUAAAGAUGAGUUUAUAUCACGCAAAGUACCUAAAGAGGAGCCGGCUGAUAAGAAGCCAAAAUUAGAACUUGAAGAGGAAGAACGCGUGAAGGAUGAGGUGGAAAAUAAAACAAUCGAAGAUGAGGAAAUAAAAAGUGAUGUUGACAGCAGUGAUGACGAAGAAGAGAAUGAUGCUGCAGAUAUUAGCAGUGACAAUGAUGAUAAUGAUAGUGUGGAUGACAGUGAGGUAGAAAAAAGUGAUGAAGAUAUUGAAAGUAACGAUGAAAAUGAAAAUAAAGAUGAAAAGGAUUUAAAAACCAAAAAAAAUAUUAAUAAAGUUAAAAAAGAAAAAACUAUAUCAAAUGAUGUUCAAGAAGGUUGUACGGUGUUUUUAAAAGAAGUUCCAUUCGAUGCAGAAGAUCAAGACCUGCGAAAGGUCUGCCGUAAAUUUGGCCCUUUGUAUUAUGCAAUUAUUAACAGAGAUAAAAUAUCUGGUCACUCAAAGGGCACUGCUUUUGUGAAAUUCAAAACCAAAGAAUCUGCGGAUUUAUGUCUACAAGCUGGAUCGGAAUUUGUCUUAAUGGAUCAAGUAUUGGAUCCACAUCCAGCGUUAAGUAGAGAUGAAAUGAGAAAUCAAGCAGCAGAGAAAUCUAAAAAAGAAGACAGCAAAGAUUCACGUAAUUUAUACUUAGCCAGAGAGGGUCUCAUUAUGAGUGGCUCAAAGGCAGCAGAAGGUGUUUCUGCUUCAGAUAUGACUAAAAGACACAAACUUGAACAGGUGAAAACACAAGUCUUGAAAAAUCUUAAUAGGUUUGUCUCAAGAAACAGAUUAUCCCUGCAUAACUUACCACUUAGCUAUGACAACGAUAAAUUAAAACAGUUGAUACUUAGCUACACUGGGCUUAAGCCACACGAGUGUCGUGUAAUGCGUGAGAGCAAAAUAACGCCUGAACAUCCAAAAGGAAAAUCAAAAGGGUUCGGUUUUAUGUCAUUUAACACUCACAAAGAUGCUUUGACGGCUUUACGAAAAUUGAAUAACAAUCCAAAAGUUUUUGGACCAUUGCAUCGCCCUAUUGUCGCCUUUAGUAUAGAAGAUCGAGCAGUACAUAAAAUAAAGGAUAUGCGAAAUAAGAAAGCAAAGCUGAACAAUCCCACAUUUAAGAAGAAAAUUGAAAAUCGUAAGGAGGCGCGUGCCCAAAAGGCAAAUGGAAAGCUUAAAUCAUUGCCAAAGGGCCCACAAAGUGACAACAAAGCAAAAUUAAAGAAACACAUUGAAAAACUGGAAAAAAUGCGUGCCAAUAAGUCCAAACCCAAUAAAGUAGCAAAUGAAGAUCAUGAAGACUUCGUCGGUACAGCCGCCAAGCAAGGAACUUCAAUACAGAUGCGUUCCAAUAAAAAAAUCAAGGAGCAAGCUGAAGAGCAUAAAAAACGCGUUAAAGCAAAUAAAAGAAAGUUGAAACAGCAGAAAAUAAAACAAAUACAUCUAGCAGAACGCAAAGCCAUAGAUCGACCUAAACAAAAACGUAAGAAUGAAAAGGACGAUUUAUCUCAUUUGGUCAACAAGUACAAGUCAAUGAUUAAUAACAAAGCAAAUCAAGGCACCACCAAUGGCAUCAUUAAAACGAAGAAACCUAAGCGCACCAAAUGGUACACUGAAUGAUUAAAUGGCUUAAGUGGUUUAAGUGUACAAUAAGUAAAUAAUUAUUAAUAUUUAAUGUGUGAAAAUAGAAGAAAUAAUAUUUCUAAAAAUAAA